CACACACACACAAGCACGCACUGUAACUAUUUACCGAUCUAAUCUAAUCAGGGUAACUAAAUGUGCCAGAAAAAAACGGAGUAAUAAAAACGCUAAACUUUAUUAAUAGUAAACACAUUAUUUUCCGACAGCUAACGCCAGAGCUGUUAGCAGGUUGAGCUAACACACACAGGAAGGAGCUGAAAGUCUUUACUCCGGGAUGAGCUCCUUCCUCCUCAGACUGCUGGACUUGACAGAUCCAGCUAUGUGAGCUGCUCUGAUGAGUGGACUCUUGAAUCGACACAGCGCCUGGCUGAGACGGCUUUUCGGCUGGUCGACACAUCCAAACUGUCCAAACCCUGAUCAGGUCUGCGGCUGAUUCAGCUGGACAGGUUUAUGUUGGUCUGGAUUGCGGCGUAACUCCCUCGAGCGGCGUCAGCCAUGCCACUGGGACUGGGAAGAAGGAAGAAAGCGUCCCCUUUAGUGGAGAACGAGGAAGCGGAGCCCAUUCGCGCAGGCCUCAAUGUGCCAGGUGUGGAGGGCCUGGAUGGAGGAGUCCUGGGGCUGGGGGAAGCGGCCGCCUCGGAGGGCCUUCCUCCCCCUCCAAACAACAUGAGACCUCGGCUCAUCUUCCACACCCAGCUCGCUCACGGGAGCCCCACYGGCCGCAUCGAGGGCUUCAGUAACGUCAGGGAACUUUACGCCAAGAUUGGGGAGGCUUUCGGGAUACCACCGUCYGAGGUUAUGUUUUGCACGCUGAACACUCACAAGGUGGACAUGGAUAAACUGCUGGGAGGUCAGAUCGGGUUGGAGGAUUUCAUUUUUGCCCACAUUAAAGGUCAGAAGAAAGAAAUCGAAGUGUUCAAAGGAGAAGAYGCUCUGGGGUUGACAAUCACUGAUAAUGGAGCCGGCUACGCUUUCAUUAAGAGAAUCCGUGAGGGGAGCAUCAUUCACCAAAUCCAGGUUAUUAAUGUGGGCGACAUGAUCAAGUCGAUCAACGGUCAUCGGCUCAUCGGCUGUCGACACUAUGAAGUUGCCAAAAUGCUGAAGGAGCUUCCCAAAGGGAGAAUGUUUACCAUUAAGCUGGUGGAGCCCCUCAAAGCCUUUGACAUGAUCAGUCAGAGGUCAGGAGGUUCCAGGUCGGCCUCGGGGGUUCAGCUGGGGACGGGCAGAGGGACCCUUCGUCUGCGCUCCAAAGGUCCUGCCACGGUAGAGGAGCUGCCUUCUGCGUUUGAGGAAAAAGCCAUCGAGAAGGUGGAUGACCUGCUGGAGAGCUACAUGGGCAUUCGAGACAGUGAACUGGCGGCCACCAUGGUGGAGCUGGGCAAAGACAAGAAGAACCCAGAUGAGUUCGCCGAAGCUUUAGACGAGACUCUGGGAGAUUUCGCCUUCCCGGACGAGUUUGUUUUCGACGUCUGGGGCGCCAUCGGAGACGCCAAGGUUGGCCGGGUGUAAGCUAAUGGAGGGGGAACRGUCUUUGUGGACUUUACACUAGAAAACACGACACUACAGUCACGUGUUCGUCUUUACUCCACUGUGCACUCCCAAUUUUUAUUUUUUUUAUUUUCGCAUUCCUACCCUUUGGGGAGACUAAGCGGAUGACGUUGUUACAUGAAAGGAAAGGUGACUGCAGUGACUUCCCAAGUGCUUUUAUUUGUCUUCCAGCUCUUUUUUUUUCUUCUUUCUUUCAUUCAUACUUUCCAGGAAAACACGAGCACUCCGAGAAUUCACAUGAACCUGCAUGUUAUUGCUGUAGUUUCUGGCAAAGAACCAAGAAUAGCAGAGGUUUUCUGAAAAGGAAGAAAUGAGAAACAAAUUAAAAGAAAUGUUGGGUUCUUUUUUAUUUUUAAAUUUUUUUUUUGUGGGUUUUGGUUUUGUUUUGCGCCGUGUUGCUCCACUUUGUAAAUCAACAACGGAGGUGAACGGGCGGGAGUGCUGCGCUGCUCUGAGCCACAUGUUACAGUGGUGGGUCAGUUAAAACAUGCAUGUGCCGUUACCUUUUCUCCUCUACAUCCUGUCGAAAUGACRWCGUUGGUUUUAUUUCAGGAAAAAAGGGGGUCGUCGUGGAAUCUGCACUACAGCUGUUUACUGUUAACUCAGCCGUUACUGUAAGGAAGUUAGCUUCAGUGUUGAAAUAAAAUCAGUGUUAACUUACUGAAGGUCACUACUUGAGAACGAGCAGUUUAUUGGGUCUUUGUUGACUUUUUUUUUAAAUCUAGUGCUUUUAUAUAAAGGUGAUGUGACGUCUGCAGUAUUAAAGGGGUUGUAACAGGUUGGAGUG